UCUGUUUCUGUUUCUGUUUCUGCUUAAACGGGAGCCACGUGAAUUCUGAAGAUAUCAUUCUUCCUACUCUCUCACCCUUCUCCCCUCUCCCUUCUCGAUUUGGAUCUACAUGGGUGGAAGCAACCAGAUCUGUCAGUCAUAGGGAAAGAUUUCCAGCUUUCCUAUCUGAUUUCUUGUCUUCGAUCGUUGGGAUGGCUACAACGAGCCCUCCGAUCUCUGGUGCUGUCUCCGGCGUCGACCCCACCCCGUUCCUCGGCAUCCGCAACGGCGGACGCCGCUCCGGACGUGGCCGGGGCCUCCUCCGCGCCGCUAGGUUCCUCCGUCGGGCUAGCAGCCGGCAUAUGAUGAGGGAACCGUCGAUGAUGGUGCGGGAGACGGCGGCGGCGCAUCUGGAGGAGCGGCAGAGCGACUGGGCCUACUCCAAGCCUGUGGUGUUCCUCGAUAUCCUGUGGAACCUGGCCUUUGUGGGCGUCGGCGUCGGGGUGUUGAUCAUGAGCAAGGAUGAGACGCCGUCGAUGCCUCUUCGGUUGUGGAUCGUUGGGUAUGCGCUACAGUGUGUGCUGCAUAUGGUUUGUGUGUGUGUUGAGUACAGGCGUAGGCAGAUGCCCGAGGGGUCUCAUCUGGACGAGGAAGAAGGCGGGAGCGGAAGGAGCUCCAACUCAAUAGGAGAGGCUGCAGAUGAUGAGCAGGGUGAGCAGGAAGGUAGUACUAGUGUUGUUAAACAUUUGGAGUCUGCAAACACUAUGUUCUCAUUCAUAUGGUGGAUUAUUGGAUUUUAUUGGGUAUCUGCUGGAGGACAAGAGUUGACCCAUGAUGCACCACAACUUUACUGGCUGUGCAUAGUUUUUCUAGCGUUUGAUGUAUUCUUUGUUGUCUUCUGUGUUGCUUUGGCAUGCGUAAUUGGUAUUGCUGUUUGUUGCUGUCUGCCUUGCAUCAUUGCAAUUUUGUAUGCUGUUGCUGAUCAGGAAGGAGCGUCCGAAGAAGAUAUAUGCCAACUACCAAAGUACAAAUUUCGGAUGAUUGAAGAUUCUGAAAAGUUUGAUGAGAUAUCAGGGCCUUUUAGUGGUAUCAUGACCGAGUGUGGAAGUGAUCCACCUGUGGAACAUGCCCUUUCAGCAGAGGAUGCUGAGUGCUGCAUUUGCCUUUCACCAUAUGAAGAUGGGGCGGAGCUACGAGAACUUCCAUGCAACCACCAUUUUCAUUGUGGCUGCAUAGAUAAAUGGCUGCAGAUAAAUGCCACUUGCCCUCUCUGCAAGUUCAAUAUUAUAAAAAGCAACAAUAGAAGGGAGGAGGUGUAGUUGAUGCUGAUUGCCUAUACCCUUUGAUCGGAGAUGUUGUAUACUGCCUCAUGAUUCUCAGUAAUGAGUGUCAACUUGUGUGAUUCAGAAAAAAACAAGAAGUGGAGACUUAUUCCACAUUACCUUUCACUAGCUUAUGUUAAAUAGUAGAAAGAUUGUUGUGGGGAACAUGCUUCAAUGUUAGUUCCUGAUUGGUGUGCUCUUCUGAUUGGAUAUUUUCUUUGAAAAUCUAUUUGGUUAGGAUC